CUCGCCAUGAUUGCGGAGAGCAUGGAGAAGCCUGAGGCUCCUGAAGCAGACAAACGCCUCCCCCAGCAGGCUGAGCAGGACCAGAAGCCUUUAACGGGAGAAGUGCAUCACGAAGUCCAGACUACGCUGGUGUGCACUACACUGACAGAAGCCCAGGAGCUGCAAGAGCUGGCUGAGAGCGUGGUCGAGGAAGUGCUGCAGAGGGUGAAAGAGCUGCAUCCGGCGGUCCACGUUUUAAGGAGGGCUCCCCUGGCCAUCAGCGGAAGGAUACUGGCUAGUGCGAGAAGGGCAGAGCCUUCAGAGACAUCGCCUGCAGAUCUCCAGCAGGAAAUCGGACAGGCGGCCAGAGAGAUUGCAGCAACCCUUUGGGAUCGCUUAGGGAAGCGUUUGCUAUGCAGCCCGUCAGACGCCUCUGAGCCCAGGCUGUUGGCCAGGCGGAGGCAGCAGCUUGUUGCCGGAGGAGCCACGCGAGCUGCCGAAGCGGGAGGAAGCGGAGCGAGGCAAGCUGAGGGAGCAGGCUAUGAUGGAGCAUCUCCUCUGCCUUCUCUUGACCAAAUCCCCACAGAUGCAGUUGUGAGUGUUGGAGCCACCUUGCAAUCAUUCGUGGCUUCUCAAUUUGAACGGCACUUCCAGUGUAAAUUUUCUGAAGUCCUGAAGCUGCCCCUUGAAACGAUUGCUGAGAGACAACCGCAGCCACCCCAGAUGCCUGUCUCCACCCAGGUCACAAAAGAAGGGGAAGGAUCAUCUCGUGAAUCUGAACAUUGGCUGUCAGAAGCCACAAGGUUGCCCCCGGUGCAGCCUUUGCAAAAUCUUGCGGCUGUAUCCCCAGAGAGUAGCACGCUUGCAAGGCGUAGCAUCCAAAACGCCAUUUGCAAAGUUCAGCAUCUCCACGCAGAAUUAAAAGCGUAUGCUGAAAGGAUUGUCCGUGAUGCUCUUGACACCCUGAAGAAGGAGGAGGAGGGGAAGUUAGAAAAAGAAAUGCAUGCAAAGGCAAGCUCCUUUGAGGACUCUUCAGAAGAAAGCACGGAGGAGAGUGGGCUAGUGGAGCAGCUAUUAGAGCGGUGUGGUCCCCCUCUGACUACAGUGGCUUCAGGAGUCCAUUGUGGAAGGCGGGUCGCAAAACAGCGCAGACCAAGAGAUGGGAAGGAGAGCUCUCCGGGCCAGGGCUUUCUAAGGCCAGCAGAAAAGAAAAUCCCCGCUAAAAUAUUAGACACGCCUCAACCAAGCAUGAAGCUCCCACCUAUCAUGGUCCCCGGAAUGGUCAUGCCUUCAGAGGCAGAAGCACAGUCUGCAGAGGAGCUGUCACCUCAUCUCCUCCCCUCUGUCCUCCAAGGCUCUCAGCAAGAUGCUCAGAGCACAGCAGAAGGCGUGCAGAAGCCCCUCUAUUACCCCUCGGCACCCCCAUCAAGACCUUGCGCUCCAGUGCCAGAAACCCAAGCUAAAGCGAGGCCAGGGAGCACGCGAGACACCUUCCCCUCCACGGGCCAGCAGUAUUCCAGGCAGCCCGUCCCUCCAACAGCUCCAAAGCCCCCUUCCCAGAGAGGAGCCCGGCAGAGACGCAUGCGUGGAAAGCUUGUGAGGGCCACGCCGGAGUAAUGCGCGUGCUGAGGGAGGGCAUUAGCUGGGUGGCUGCUGGGGGGUGAGCUGAGGAGGUGCGUGGCGCCAGGCUUCAGAUCAUCUUCUGACACCGGUGCUCGGAAGUGACGGUCAGCAAGAGAAGGCAGGGAGCUUGCUCAGACUCUUGAACAAUCCGUGGGGAGAAGAACAUGCAGGAAGCACAUCGCAGAGGGCUGUGCUGCACCUCACUCCCGCUGCCUUUGCCGGGCCAGGGAAGGCUCGGCACUCUGUGGCACGUAUGCCCCUGUCCUUCCCUGGCUCUCUCUGAGCCGCAGGGGCUGCUGACGGUGCCGACUCGCGUGUCAGCAGAGAACAGGCCUCACCGCGUGGCACAGCCCCUCCAGCUGGGAUCCUCUAAGCAUCUUCCAGCACAGCUGCUGCCCAGAGCCAGAGAG